GUUUGGAACAGUCACAUCUACCAGUUCUUCAAUCUCCUUAUCAUCAUGAAGUUCAUCAUCUUUGCUCUGGUCCUGGCUUGUGCUGCAUGCUACGCCUCUCGGGAAGGAACAGACUUCUACUGCGGAAGGAACCUGGCUAUUACUAUAGCCAAUUUGUGCUAUAAGUCUGAAGCUGCUAAGCGUGAUGCUGGCUGGUGGUUGCCUCCUCAAGGAGUCAGGGCUCUGGCUGGCGUUCGAGGCAAACGAGGACCUGUGGACGAGUGCUGCGAGAAACCCUGCUCUCUUAAUGAACUCCUGUCUUACUGUUAAACUUGAUCCGAUGUUACUGUUGAACGUUGAUUGAAAUAAAUGAGAUUUUUCUCAGGUA